UCGUUCACUGAUAGCCGUCGGCAGUUCGGCACUUCGGCUCGGUUCGGCAGUCGCCACUCGCCAGUCAACGCUUAACUCUCAAUACUCGACGUUACAACAGUUCAACACUCAACAGUCGACACUUCAAGUCUUCAACAAGUUCAACAGUAACUCACAACAUUCGACGUCCAACACGACGGUGCCUGCAGUAAACAAUAAUCGUGUCGUCGCAACAAUAAAUUCUAGAAAUCGUUGGUGGCGGCGAUUGACAAGAAAUGAAAAAAAUGUAAGCAGAACAAAAAAAAUUGUCCUGAAAAAAAACUUGUCGACGGACGCAUUUUUGAUUCCGUUCCACAAACUCAAUUGUGACGGGAUUUCGUUGUUGCUCAGUCAGCGCAUUUGUAUGUGAUAUAGUAAAGGAACGACAAAAAAAAACUAUAACUACAUAGGUACCCGUAACCUGUAGAUUUGUUGUUGCUCGAUUUUCUUCAGACAUGUCUUGCACUGAACAUGGUUUGAGGUGCGCACUAUAGCCCUCGAUUACACUACACACAGUACUAACCAAUAGUGUAAAAUUGUUCUACUAUCUCCAUUAACAGCAAAGAUACAAUGUUAACGCUAUUCAACAACGCCUAUAACUACACUGCUUCAAUUACAGUCAGCUAUAUUGGGGUGGAUGUUGAUUUGUGGCUUUGGAUGACAUGGCUGCUUUGGCCACUCAUUGUUACAUUCCUGUUGCCCCUCACUAUCGUUCUGUUGUUCUACAUAACUGGUGUUAUACUCUACGUCUAUAAACUUCACAGGGAAAGACUUAUAAAUGCAUAUGAAAAUAACUUUUGGGAUGGUGCAUUAAAAACUGUAGCUGCAUUAUGGGAUGCCCAUGGUUGGAUAUGGCAUGGAUAUGAAGUAAAUGGCAUUGAAAAUGUACCUAUUGACAGUCCAGCUUUGUUAGUGUAUUAUCAUGGUGCUAUUCCUAUUGAUUUGUAUUACAUGAUUUCUAGAAUAUAUUUGAUAAAGGCAAAAUUAGUGCAUACUGUAGCUGAUCAUUUUCUGUUUAAAUUACCUGGAUGGUCAAUAAUAUCUGAACCAUUAAAAGUAAUACCCGGUACUGUGCAGACAUGUUCAGACAUACUAAAAGAA